GGAAAGGCCCGAAGCCCCGCCUAGGUGGAACGAAACUUCUGAUUGGAAGGCGUCGAGGAGGCGGAGCUUCCCGAAAGUAGGCGGAACUUCCCGAAGACGCUUCGGCUGUUUCCGCCCAGCAUGGAGUCUGCGAGUUCGAGGCCCGUCUCCGGCGGCGGGGACCUCCUUCGGUGUGGCUUCUGCCCUUCCUCGCGGGCGCCGUACACGUGCCCGCGGUGCCUGCUCCGCUUCUGCUCGGUGCCUUGCUUCCGCGGCCACGGCUCCUGCGCCAGGGACUUCCGCGAGCGCGAGCUCCGCCUCCGGCUCCAAGGCCUGCGGGGCGGCGAGGCCUCCUCGCGAGGCCGGCUCAGGGAGGCCCUCCUGCGGCUGAGGGAGCUACGCGAGCCCGGGGAUGAGCAGGCCCGACUAGGCCUCGGCCCGGAAGAAGCGCCGCUGUGGGAGCAGCUCACCCCGGAGGAGCAGAAGGCCUUCCGGAAGCUCCUCGGCAGCGGCGGCGCCGCCUCCCUCGUGCCCCUCUGGACCCCCUGGUGGGAAGAAGGCCCAGCCCCGAGGGGACUCGUCCGGGAAGUGGGUCCCCGGGAUCCACCCAAAGCGGGGGGAGGCGAUCUAAUUGAGCCAGGGGAUCCCCAGAAUCCACUGAGAGGGGAGGAAAGGGGUCCCCAGGUCACAGGAGGCGAAAACCGUGAUCUAGCUGAGGAAGUGGAUCCCCUGAAUCCAUUACAAGGAGGGAAAUGGGAUCUGAUUGUGGAAAUGGAUCACCAGAAGACCUUAGAAAGAGAAGAAAGUGAUCUGAUUGUGGAAAUGGAUCCCCAGAAGACAUUAGAAAGAGAAGAAAGUGAUCUACUCAAGGAAACGGAUCCCCGGAAGCCCUUAGAAAGAAAAGACUGUGAUCUCAUUGUGGAAAUGGAUCCCCAGAAGCCCUUAGAAAGAGAAGAAAGUGAUCUAAUCAAGGAAAUGGAUCCCCGGAAUCCAUUACAAGGUGGGAAAUGGGAUCUGAUUGUGGAAACGGAUCACCGGAAGACCUUAGAAAGGAAAGACUGUGAUCUCAUUGUGGAAAUGGAUCCCCGGAAGAUCUUAGAAAGAGAAGAAAGUGAUGUACUCAAGGAAAUGGAUCCCCGGAAUCCAUCACAAUGUGCUUUCACUGAAGAAAUUGAUCCAUUACCAAGAGGGAAACGGGCUUUGAUUGAGGAAAUCGAUCCCCAGAAGGAAAGAGAAGGAAGUGAUCUAAUUAACGAAAUUGAGAAAACGGAUCCCCAGAAUCCAUUCAAAGCAGAAGAACGUGAUCGAGUUAAGCAAAAGGAUCCCCAGAAUCCAUUGCAAGGUGAUUUCAUUGAGGAAAGAGAUCCCCAGAAGCCAUUACGAGGUGCUUUCAUUGAGAAAGCGGAUCCACGGGAUCCACUAGAAGCAGAAGAACAUGUUUUGAUGGACGAAAGGGGUCUCGAGAGUCCAUCCCAAGGCAAAGAAGAAGAAGAAGGCGUCCCGAGAGGUCCCGCGAAGCCUCUUUGUGAGACGGAGGCCGCUCGCCUCUUGAGGUUGAUCCCUCCCGAGAUCCCUCCGUUGUCGUCCUUCAGGACCUCAGUCUCUCCUUCCGUCGGCUUCCAGCUUCCGGGCGUCCUCUACGGCUACGUCUACGCCUUGUCUCUCUACAACGGGGACGUCGAGGGCGAAGAGGACGUUCUGGGCGAGUUCUGCGAGACCCUUCUGGACGUCUCCCCGCCCUUGGGAUCCUCGGCCAGGGUGUACGGAUCCGUCUCGGAAGCCUUGCAGGACGCCUCCCGUUGCAUGGUGGACCAUCGUUACCCAGAGUGCCCUUUGGGUCGGGGCGGGGCCAUGUCCGCCGUGGCCAGGCUCCUUUCCCAGAAGGCCUUUCUCUUGGCGGCCUUGUGCCACCUCGGGAAGCUCCUCCGCAAAGGGAGGAAGCGCAUGGCGGACCCGGACCGGAGCCAGGCCUUCCGGGCCGGGAAGAAGUGCGCCUUCCUGCUCUCCUGGGCCAAUGAGAACGAAGGACUGCUGCCCCUCCUGGCAUUGGCUGCGCGGGAAGAGGGGCGGAGCCAGAGGGAGGCGGGACAGGAAGUGGGCGCCCUGCGGAGGGGGCUGGAGAGGAAGUGGCGGGGAAAGAGGCCCCCGAGGGAGGAGAAGAAGGAGAAGGCCCUCAUUGAGGAGCUGGACUGAGAGCCCAAUGGGGACUACAACACCCAGCAUUCCUUGCCAUUGGUUGCUUUGAAGCCUGUCAAUCAAGCACUCCUUUUCUUGUGGUCGUUGAGGACUCCAAGGCCCAGCACUCUUCACCUCUCAAUGUGUUGCAUCCUGUCAAUCAAGGACUCUGAGGCCCAGCAUUCUUCACCUCUCAAUGUGUUGAAGCCUGUCAAUCAGGGACUCCAAGGCCCAACAUUCUUCACCUCAUUGCGUUGAGGCCUGUCAAUCAGGGACUCCAAGACCCAGCAUUCCUCACCUCUCAUUGUGGUGAAGCCUAUCAAUCAAGGACUCCAAGGCCCAGGAUUCUUCACCUCUCAUUGUGUUGAAGCCUGUCAAUCAAGGACUUUGAGGCCCAGCAUUCUUUACCUCAUAGUGUUGAAGCCUGUCAAUCAAGGAUUCAAAGGCCCAGAAUUCUUCACCUCUCAUUGUAUUGAAGCCUGUCAAACAAGGACUCCAAGGCCCAGCAUUCUUCACCUCAUAGUGUUGAAGCUUGUCAAUCAAGGACUCUGAGGCCCAGCAUUCUUCAGCUCAUUGUGUUGAAGCCUGUCAAUCAAGGACUCCAAGGCCCAGCAUUCUUCACCUCAUUGUGUUGAAGCCUGUCAAUCA